AUGGCGACUGGUGCUGUGUAUCGAAAUCAAGAGCUAUUUGUUCGUGGAACGACGGAAGACAUCGACAACAUGGUCAGCCCAGUGGAUUUAUUCUCUGUCGCCAUGCGCAGCGCGAGACAGGUCAACUUGCUAUACGGUAUGAGUCUAUGGGAUCUUGCUUCGCUCAAUAUGCGCACCUGUAUUGAGUGUGGCUUUCAUCGCCAACCAACCGUUCCUCUUCCCGCUAUCGAGGAACAAAUGCGCCGGCGCGUGUUCUGGCAAUGCUAUGGGCUUGAACGAUAUGCCAGCACAACCCUCGGCCGGCCAUUCACUAUUCCAGAUGAGGCCAUCACUGUCAAACUUCCUGCCAAUAUAGAUGAUAGUGUGUUACAGGAGGCGGCCACUCUACUGCCAAACACAUCGCUGGACGAGUUAACCGAGGCACAAGCACCUCCCAAAGGCCUGACUGACACAUCGGUGGCCAUCUCGCAUAUACAGCUUCGGCAGAUCACAUCCCGCAUGUCCAGAGAUUACAGGAUUCUGAGGAAUCAAUUGCUCACCCCACGAGACUCGCCGGGAUUACCACGAAACUUGGCUGAUGAUCUGAACAUGUUCACUUUGAGCGGCAAGGUUUGGAACAUUUACUACCAAUACUCGCAAGAGUUGCACGACUGGAGGUUAUACAGCGGAAUGCAUACACACAAGGAUAUUGCGCCUGAUUCAAAUGGGCAGCUCUUUCUGCAUGAUAGCAGAUGGAUCGACCUUCACUUUCACCAAGAAAAGCUUUUCCUCAUUCGCCUUUCCAUCGAACCUAGCUCCGCGACCGACUCCCACUUUAUUAAUCCAGGAGAUCUACUCGAAGAGCUAUAUGACGCCGCAAGUAAUGUGAUUAUACUAUACUCGGAUAUUGCGGACGAUGCCAAAAUUGAGCCCACGGCUGGGAGACUCUACCGAGUCCUGACGGCCGGCCUCUCCAUAUUGUAUACGAUCGUAAUCGAGUCUAACAUGGGGCAGACCAAGAACAAGCAACACAAUGGCCCUUCCAGACCGCCGCCAUCACGGCAAAGUAUAUCAGGGAAAAAGUCACUGCUGAGGAAAUGCACAGAUACACUUGACCGUAUGGCCAAACAGAUGACGAAUCAACAUCUUACGCCUAGAUACGUGGGCUACUUUGAACUUCUAUGCAGGGAAACUUUACGGAUACUUCCGAAGUCGACGGUACAAGAGCCCACAACGUCAGAUUCGUCCGGCCAGCAAGCUAUCCAACAUAAUGUUCCUCAAACGCAUGCCAGUGCUGCCUCUGCUCCAGCUAUAUCAACCGAGUUUGCGCCACUGCAGGAUGUAUCUCCAGACUAUUUUGGCUCCAGCUUGGUCACUGCACCGCUGACUUGCCACUUGCCUGUAGAGCAUAGGCAGCCAUGCUAUUGUGCUGUUGUUGGGAACCACUUAGAUGACACUUUAGGGGCCGCGUCAUGGCCGGACUUCUUAGCAUCUGGAGUAGGGAUGGAUGGAGUCCCAGAGACGUACGAUCCUGCUGCCAUGUUUGGUUCUGAAUGGGGUGAAGCUACAGAGAUUUGGGAAGCACUGUUUGGCAAUGGACAGCUAUGGGCAACAGAAAGCUCCUCCUUUUAUUAA